AUGUUGCGGUCCUGCGGAAUCGAUCCAGAACGAACCACAAAAUGUGAAAAUAUUGAUGCUGAUAUUGUUGAUGUUCAAACUGUUGAUAUUGAAAAUGCUGAAAAUGUUAAUAAUAAUAUUGAUGUUGAAAAUGUUGUUGAUGUUGAAAAUGAAAAUGUUGAUGAUGAUAAUGAAAUUGUUCGUGCCGAAAAUGUUGAUGUGAAUGAUAUUGGUCAUGAUAUAUUUGAUCCAACUAUUUGGGAUUCUCUUGAUUCUAGAAUGCGAGAUUUGUUAGUUACAAAAGGUCCUAAAAGAGAUUGUUCUAUUGUGAAGGGUCCUAAGGAUAAAUUUUCUAGACGCUUUUUAGCUAAUUGGUAUACUAGAGUUUUGCCAAAUGGAGAGACAUUUAAUCAAAGACUGAAAGAGCAUGAGACUUGCAUGGAACAUGUUAAGAAUAUGACUACUUGGUAUGAGUUGCGUCAAAAGUUGAAAAAUUUUCAAACUAUUGAUAAAUCAAUUCAAAUAUUGAUUGAUAAAGAAAAGGAUCACUGGAAAAAUGUUUUAAAAAGAAUUAUUUCAAUAGUGAAAUUCCUUGGUAGAAAAAAUUUGGCCUUCCGUGGUCAUAAUGAGAAAUUGUACCAAAAUAGCAAUGAUAAUUUUUUAGGUUUAAUUGAAAUGGUAGCUGAAUUUGACCCAAUUGUCCAAGAACAUGUAAGAUGUAUUACAGAUGACAAUCUUCAUGUUCAUUAUCUUGGGCAUAAUAUCCAAAAUGAACUAAUACUUUUGCUUGCUUCUGAAAUUAAAAAUGAAAUUAUUAGAAAAAUAAAACAAGCAAAGUAUUUUUCAGUGAUACUUGAUUGUACCCCUGAUGUUAGUCAUCAAGAACAAAUGUCUUUGUUAAUACGAUACGUGAAUGUUUCUUCAAAUAGGAUUGAGGAAUCUUUCUUAGGAUUUUUGAAUGUGGAUGAUACAACAGGGCAGGGUCUUUUUGAUGUUUUACAAGAUGAAUUGAAAAAGCUUGAUCUAGACCUAUUUGAUGUGCGAGGACAAGGUUAUGACAAUGGGUCGAAUAUGAAAGGAAAACAUCAAGGUGUACAAAAGAGGUUUUUAGAUAUAAAUCCUAGAGCCUUUUAUACUCCUUGUGGUUGUCAUAGUCUCAAUUUGGUAUUGUGUGAUAUGGCAAACUCUUGUCGCAAAGCUAAAGAAUUUUUUGGAGUUGUUCAACGCAUUUAUACUAUUUUUGCCAAUUCUACCAAGAGAUGGCAAAUUUUAAAAGAUAAUGUAAAAGGGUUGACUCCGAAAUCAUUGUCAUCCACUCGUUGGGAGAGUCAUAUAGAUAGUGUCAAAGCUAUAAGACUUCAAAUGUCAGAUUUUAGAGAAGUUUUACUUGAAGUGUCAGAAAAUGAUUCAGAUUCUAAAAUAGAAAGUGAAGUCAAAUCCUUAGCAACAAAUGAGCUUGGUGAUUUUAAGUUUUUAGUGGCGAUAGUUAUUUGGUAUGAAAUAUUAUUUGCAAUUCAUACGGUUAGCAAGCUCUUACAGUCAAGUGAUAUGCUUAUUGAUUUUGCUAUGGAAAAAAUAAAGGGGUUGAUUUCAUUUUUUGAGGAAUAUAGAGAAACUGGUUUUAAAAAUGUCUUGAAUUAUGCUACGGAAAUUGCUCUUGAAUUGAACAUUGAUCCAGUAUUUUCUCAAAAGCGUAAAAUUCAAAGAAAAAGACAAUUUGAUGAGAAUUUGAGUACCGCGUCAGUCGAGCUAUCUGGAAAGGAAUCUUUUAGGGUUAAUUAUUUUCUUUACCUUGUUGAUCAAGCUGUUGUAUCUCUUAAAACGAGAUUUGAGCAAUACCAACAAUAUGAAAGUGUUUUUGGUUUCUUGUUUAGUUCUCAAAAUUUACAAUUGUUGGAUGAUGCAACUUUGAACUCUUGUUGUAGUAAUUUAGAGGAAAGGUUGAAACAUAAUGUGCAGUUUGAUGUUGUUGGGAAAGAAAUAAGUGUGGAGUUAAGGUUACUAAGAAAUAUGUUGCCUGGAGGAAAGAUGGGGCCUAUUGAUAUAUUAAAUUUUUUGAAAGACAUGAAUUGUUUUCCUAAUACAAUUAUUGCAUAUAGAAUUUUAUUAACUAUUCCUGUGACAGUUGCCUCUGCAGAAAAAAGCUUUUCAAAAUUGAAGUUGUUGAAGUCUUACUUGCGGUCUACCAUGUUACAAGAAAGACUUAACGGCUUAGCAUUGAUAGCAAUUGAGAAUACUCUCUUGGAUGACAUACAAUAUGAAGACUUGAUUGAUGAAUUUGCUUCAAAAAAUGCAGCAAGAAUGAGUCGAUUUAAGUAG